ACACCUGUUUUGAUAAUCUUGCAAAACCAAAACUUUUGUAUAGUGCCAUAAUAGAAAUUUGAAAAAUUAUUUCGUGAGAUUCGUUCUUCUAUCUACUUAUGAUAAUUAGGACUCCUCGUAUAAUUAAUGCUGGGGACACCGUUAUCAAUGUUCAUUCGGCAACUAUAAUAAUAACUGUGACUGAUAAAAUAGUGAUAAGUGAAGGAAACUAUCUAUUGGCAACGCUUCCGUGAUUUUUUAAAGCUUUUCUUUAUACAUAUAUUUGUAAAUCACAAAUGUCAUCCAAAAAAGAUAGUGAAGAGCGAAAUAAGUAGAUAAGAUAAUUGGGAGGAAGAAGUAAGAUAAUUAUUGGAAGUUACAAAAGCUUCAUACAUUAAUGGUAACACAGUUGGCUUCUUACUUUCAAAGAGUUAGGUGCGCGAAUUAAUUUAAAAAAAAUUACUGUGCAGUGAAAAAAUUUAAAAAUCUUUUAAUAUUUUUUAAAUUUGUUUCUUUCUUGACGCGAAAUUUUGAAAAGUGUUUUAGUGUACUGAUACAACAAUGUCGUGGGCAUUUUGGAAACGCAAUCAAAAUUUGAAAUCUAAAGUGACUAUUGAUGUUACCAGUGAAAUCACUGAGGACGCUUCUGUAAAACUUCCAGUUUCACUAUCAUGUAGUCCCCAAAUACAAGAAACCGAUGGAGGCUUCUUCGAGAAUCUGGGAACUCUUCUGGCAGAAAAGGCACGCGAGCAGCAACAGAUAGAAGGACCCCUGCCAGAUAAUAAAGAUCAGGCGGAAGGUAAACAGGAUGACGCUGAUGACGAUGACGAGGAAGGAAGCAUCGAGGAGCCUACGGAGGCUUUGCUGGAAAGUGACAGCGAUCGGGAUGAGAAUGAACACGCACAUAACCUCGUUGUUGAAUCGGUUGGCUGGAACAUCGAGGAACUCUAUGCUGCUCUAGUUUAUCUUGCCCAACAUCCAGUCGGCCACGAUGUUUCCAACGAGUGCGGGCAGGAAGUUCUGCUCAAUCACCUACAACAGGCCUUUAAAAUUGACAACGAGACACACGAGCAAGUCUUGGAGGAGACACGUAACAUAGAAGCACCGCAAAUGCACCUCAACGUCGAAGUAAUCGAAGCCAAAGAACUAGUCUCCAAAGAUGCCAACGGGAAGAGCGAUCCAUUCUGUGCCCUUUAUUUAGAAUCAGCACCGACCAGAAGAUACAACACUGCCGUCAAGCCUGGGACUCUGUGUCCCAUUUGGGAAGAACAUUUUGAACUGCCACUAGAAGAUACGGAGAACGAUGUACUGUGUUUGGAAGUAUGGGAUUUUGAUGCAGCCGAGACCGUUCGGGAGAAGAUGAGUAAGGUCAAGGAUGUAAAAGGUGGAAGAGGUCUGAUGAAACUCGUAAGAGAAAUUGCCGUGACAGCAACAACUGGAAGUCACGACAACGAGUUCAUAGGGCGCAGUAGGAUUCCGCUGAAGGAUAUUCCGGUGACUGGGCACACGAUGUGGUAUCCCUUGGAAAAGAAAAACAAGUCUAAGCGCCGGGGGGUUGUUAGACUAAGACUGGCCUUUAGUGCUGAACACAAUGCCCAGGUGGCAGCACAGGAACACAGACACCUGCUAAGGAUCUUGCUGCUUUAUGAGCUCGAGACCAGCAAGGUUGAGAAAUAUUGCUGGUGCGGCCGAUGGUCAGGACCGGCUGAGGCCAUUAUACUUCAGCACAGCGCGCAGCGUGGUCUGCUUGCAAGAAAUGUCACCCUUGCACAGUGGGUCGAGUACUCCAGGGUGCAUCAGGAACAUCCCCUUAAUUUUACUGUCUUUAAUAAACUUGCCGUCGAGCUUCUGAGACCACUUGAAAAUGGACUCUUCUCUAACGAUGAAAUUAAGAUCUUCUGGGACGCCACCAAGAAGCUACUUCACUCGUGUCUUAAUAGUAUAAGAAAGAUUAGGAGGCUUGCUGUUGGAGAUAAGAAUGCUAUGGUGCAACUGGCUGCCAUCUUGGGAACUUUGUCUACCAUUAUUACUCUGAAUGUGCCUGAGGACAUAGAUUUGUUUCCGGAAAAAAUGUACGGAUGGCUACCGGAAGCUGACGGUCCUCGAACGGAUAUACUUCAGGCGAUAGAGCAAACCGUUAUCCAAGGUGGAGUGGAAUGGUUUGAUCACAUUCUGAAAAAUAAUACACCGGAAAGUGAUUCCGAUGAAGAUGUACUCAAGUAUCAUAUCAAGAUGAUCCAACUGAUUAGAGCGGAUCUACAAAGAGCAAUCGAGUUCCACGAUAAGCUCUUUAUCAAGAAAAUCAACUUCCCGUAUGCCCGGACAUUGUACAUAAUGUAUGAAAAGAGAAUUUGUGAUAUUUGUAUGAUCAUCAUCGAAGAUAUCUGUGCCAGACUGAAGCGCAUUGAGGUAGAGAAUAAUGACGAUACUGAACUGGCUCUAGGUACAACGCUCUUUGAACUUUACCUGACACUUCAGCGGUAUGCUAUAUUGGGCCAAGUCCUCUGUGCUGAGGGUCUGGAAGACAUGAAAAUACAAAGUUAUUACGACUGGUUCAGAGGAGGCGUCGCUCAUUGGCUAGAUAUCGCAAUAUACAAAGCACUAAAACGAAUCGACAGAGCCGUUGAGUUCGAUACUCUUCAACCAAUUGAUUCAACAGUUCAAUACAGUUCCAGUGCUGUUGACACGUUAACAAUUUUCUAUCAGAUCAAAGUAUUCUGGACCCAGUUGGCAUGGCCCGAUGUGGAAGGAUCUUACACCUUCAUAGCUAAAAUCAUUGAUGACAUAUGCAAGUGUUCCGUGGCCUAUGCUGACAAAAUGGCAACAAAGGCAGAAACAACAACUGAACUGGAACAAAUUGCUGAACAUCAGAGUAGCGUUUAUGAGAGAAAAUUUGAAGUUUCCACUGCUUGGUGUUAUGCCAUUAAUAAUAUUGAUUAUAUACGCACCUCCAUUGCUCCACUUGCUAAUGAUUUGGGUUUACAAAGUAUCAUCGAUGCAUUGAGCGAGAACAAAACGCAGCAAGAAGCCGAUCGAUGUCGCGCGACGCUUCAACUCAUCAUUGAUAACGCGACAGAGACUGUGCGCAACAAGAUUAUUGAAUUGCUCGAAGUUGUUGCUAGCAAAAUGACGCCAGCCAUAAACAGGUACCUCAUGGAAGGUGCAGAACUGAUUGACACUACCAGUAAUGCGAUGGAUAGAUUGUUACAUUAUUUGGAUUCGAAUUUAACCACUUUACACGACAACCUCAACGAGGACAAUUUCGAAAGAGUUUUAUUGGUCAUCUGGGAAAUUUUAUCAGAAACUCUGUACGAAUUAGUCAACGACAACCUUGAGAAAAGAAGACCACCGUCUUUCUACUCAAAUCUUCAUCGUACUCUUCACACGCUAAUUCGAUUCUUCAAUCUCGGUGCCGAUGAGACUGCGAAUGUACAAGUACUGGAGAAGAUUGAGCAUUUGCUGAAACUCCACGGAUUAGAAACUGCUGAACUUAUACAUCGCUACAGUGUGGAGCGUCUUCAGGAACAAAAGAACUUGGAUGAGUCAAUGUAUGGUCAAUUGACAGUACGGGCUCAGUUCGUUGAUAACUCCUUGAACAUUCAAGUUCUCAAUGCCAGAAAUCUUAGGCCUAUGGAUACAAACGGCGAUUUCAUAGGCAAGCUGUCUACUCUCGAGCGUAAACUACACUCGAAGUCUAAAGAAAGACUUAGAGAAGGGAAGACAAGAAAAUGUGAUCCCUACGUUAAGAUCAAAAUAUUACCCGAUGAGAAAUUUGCUCAAGUCAAAAUACCAAAGACUCACGUACAAAAGGAGACGCUAUUUCCUUUGUUCGAUGAGAAAUUUAACAUUCCUCUGACAGCAGAACAAAGAGGAACGGAGGACGCCAUUGUGGUUUUCGAGGUCAAGGACAAGGACUUCCUGCGGACUAGGUUCAUGGCCGAAGCAUUUUUGUCAUUCGCCGAAAUUCCUGAAACGACUGCCGACCAUGAAAUAGAAACUCUCCAACAAAUUCAUUUAAAACUCUCAAGGCCCAUAAACAAAGACUCAGACGUAAUCAGGGCACUGGAACACAGAAAAGGAGACAAUCAAGCUAUGGAUUUCGUUUCCAAACUCAACAACAAAAUUAAUUCCAGAUAGUGCACUUGAACGGCAUGAAAGGAAUAUAUCAGUCUUCUUUUUUUACUUAUAUAACACUUAUUCAAUUGUAUGACACGAGUCUUAUGCUAUUGAAUAUUCAGAAACGGCGUCUAAGAGAA